ACAAAACACGAAAAUAAAUUUUACGUACCUACAAAAAUGCUAGUUCCAGUUUGUUCAUUCCGCGGGAAAAAACGUAGAAUUGUAUCUAAAAUCUGACAGCCUCAACAAGGUCGAUCAUUCGCGUCCCGUGAUGGUCAGCUGUACGUUAAAGCGACCAUACAACCAAUACUAUUUACACCGCGCUGCGUGCACAAUGCGUGCAUUGGAACGUAUCGAUCUAAUCAAAAUAAUUACUUAAUUCGAAUCACUAAAAAAAACUUCGUUCUAUUUUCAAAUAAGAUUACAACCGUCAAAAUUUGUCUAGUUUGCAACCGACCAGUACGUUUUAAUGGUGUUUAGAAUUACUAAAAAAUGAAGUGUCAAUAAAAAUAAUUAUAAGUGCAAAAAAAUAAUAAAGUUUUUUUAUUAGUUGAUAAAAGGUAUGAUAAACCGUAAACAACAUGCGAUGGGUAUUCGUAAUUAUAUUAAGUUUGUGUGUUUCAUAUGCGAGUGAGGUGUCACAAAUAUUUGACUUUUGGACGAAUUUAUUCCGGCCUCUACCUCGAAAUCCCAAAGAAGGUUUCGUACCGGAUUACACACCCAAAUACUUGGAACAAUUCGAUUUUAUUAUAAUCGGAGCGGGAUCGGCAGGCUGUGUACUAGCAAACAGACUGACGGAAGUACACGAUUGGAAAGUUUUAGUCCUAGAGGCCGGAGGCAAUGAAAACUUUUUUUCAGAUGUCCCAAUAUUUGCUCCUUUCCUUUCCCUUACGCCUUUGAAUUGGGGAUAUAAUUCGGAGCCGGAACAAAAGGCGUGCAGAGAUCUCAGAGGGAACGUUUGCUUUAUGCCUCGGGGCAAAGUUCUCGGUGGCAGUAGCGUAUUAAACUUUUUAAUAUAUCAAAGGGGACACCCGGAGGAUUACAACGAUUGGGCCCGGAUGGGCAAUGAAGGAUGGAGUUAUUCAGAAAUUCUUCCCUAUUUUAAAAAGUCUGAAAAUAUACAAAUUAAUGAAUUGAAAAAUUCUUCAUAUCAUGGAAAAGGUGGUUAUUUAGAUAUUGAUUACGCUAGUUUUUCAUCUCCAUUACAAACCGCUUUUAAACACGCCGGCGAAGAACUCGGCUUCGAAUGGAAUGAUCCUAAUGGAGAGAAUGUCAUAGGAUUUUCCAAGCCUCAAGCGACCAUAAGAAAAGGAAGACGAUGUAGCACUUCAAAGGCAUUUUUGGAACCAGUUCGGUUUAGACAAAAUUUAAAAGUAUCCAAGUAUUCCACGGUUAUGAAAAUAUUGAUUGACCCCUAUACCAAGAAAGCAUAUGGCGUUGACUUUGUCAAAGGUAACAAAAGACGAAGGGUGAUAGCUCGGCGCGAGGUUAUCCUAUCAGCUGGUACAAUCGGCUCGGCACAAAUACUCAUGUUAUCUGGAGUAGGACCGGCAGACCACCUCUCGGAAAUGGGCAUAAAGACAUUAGCGGACCUACCAGUGGGCUACAAUCUGCAAGAUCAUGUCACAUUCUCAGGAAAUGCCUUUAUAGUUAAUGAUUCAAAGCUUUGUGUAAAUGACUUAAGAGCCGCGUCUCCACUAGCAGCCGCUGCGUACCUAGCAGGAAAAGGACCUCUGACAUUACCAGGUGGCGCCACAGGACUAGCGUUUGCUCGCACCUCAUACGCCGCUGAUCUGUCUGAAGGACGGCCCGAUAUGGAACUAGUGAUGGGCGCUGGAUCACUCGCUGGUGACUUCUUAGGCAUUUUACGAUCAUUGCUAGGUAUAACUGAUAAGUGGUAUUGGAAGAUGUACGGAUCCCUACCGAUGGAAGUCCGACAACGUACAUUUUCAAUGAACCCUGUGCUGAUCAGACCGCGCAGUGUGGGCCGGCUGAUGCUGCGCAGUGCUAACUUCUCCGAUCAUCCGAGAAUACAUCCCAACUACUUCCACCAUCCCGAUGAUCUGAGUGCAUUGAGGGAAGGUCUACGACUAGUGGAAAAAGUGAUAAGCACCAAAGCUUUUCAACGCUUCGCAACAAGAAUUCAUAACGUGCCGUUUCCCGGAUGCGAACAUUACAAAUUCGAUUCAGAUGAUUACUGGGAAUGCGCUAUUAUGCAAACUUCCAUCACUCUUGACCAUCAAGUUGGCACAUGUAAAAUGGGACCAUCAGGAGAUCGCACUGCAGUGGUUUCGCCACGGCUAUUAGUCCAUGGUGUACAAGGUCUACGGAUAGCUGAUGCUUCUAUUAUACCACGAAUACCAGCGUCGCAUACAUUAGCACCAGUUGUUAUGAUCGCGGAGAAAGCCGCGGACUUAAUCAAAGAAGAUUGGGGACGAUACCCUUUUUUAUAACGUCAAAGAUUAGUUAAUAUAGAAUCUAUUUUAAUUACAAAUGUAUUGCAUAAAAGACGCAUUGCUAUGUAGUUGUAAUUUUUUUGUCUUUUAAUAUAACCUAUGUCUGUUUUUUUAACAAUAUGUAUUAACUAUUUUAUGCUAGUCAUUAGAGAAGUUUUAAAGUCAUCUGAAUAAAGU